AUGUCGUCCCCAACUGCCGCCAAGGACAAGCUGUUCCCCGGCAUUUCUGCCACUGAGACUAAGCUCCUGGUGCUUGCCAAUGUCUGCUUGAAGAAUGACAAGAUCGACUAUGACAAGCUUGCUUUGAACGCUGGCAUCAAGUCCUCUUCCGCGCAGACCCUUUUCCGAAAUGCCAAGCGAAAGCUUGACAAGCUGUACGGCGAUGACAAUGCUGAUGCCGAUGGCAGCGGUGCCCAGGCUGACCUGUCGCCCGAGGAGACUCCCUCCAAGCGUGGAAAGUCCAAUGCGAAGGCCAAGCCUCGCACUCCAAGGACCCCCAAGACCCCCAAGACUCCAAAGGCUCCAAAGACCCCCAAUGCAACCAAGGCGACCAGCAACCCCAAGCGUGGUAAGGUUGUUAUCAAGUCCGAGGAGAGUGGAGACCAAAUGCCCAUCGAUCCCGAGCUCAGUCUUACCAUCGAGACCACUGUCAAACAAGCUGAAGAUACCAGCCACGAGACCACUAUCUCUGAGACCGCCACCGAUCCCAUCGCCGAGCCCGUCGCCACUGGUGAGGCCAACAAGCUCCGGACUAAGCAAAAGGAGGAGAGGCAUCAUGUGGAAGACAAGACCGACGAGAUUGUCCUUGAUCUGGCUGUGAACCAGCACCUCCCUGAGUCCCCAUUGCCUGGAAAAGACGAUGAUGAAACUUACGAGCACGAAGCACAUGAUGAGGAACAGGACGAGAAUUAA